GUCACUACCAUGGAGAAAUUAUAAUUUCAUCAUAGUCGCUAUUAAAACGGUCGCUACUAAAACUGCCAUGUUUUAAGUAAGCAACCGUGUUGUGACUGCAGGACUGUUAUUUUAUAGUUCUACAUCGAGAGAGCCGCGUAAAAUAAGUUUGUUUCAUAGAAUGGGUCGUAAACGGAAAGCCACCAAACCCUGGUGCUGGUACUGCAAUCGUGAGUAUGAUGAUGAGAAUCCUCUGGUGCGGCACCAGAGGUUGAAACACUUUAAAUGUCAUAUAUGUCACAAGAAACUGUACACGGGACCGGGUCUGUCCAUACAUUGUAUGCAGGUGCACAAAGAAACGGUGGACAAGGUGCCCAAUUCGCUGCCCAAUCGCUCCAACAUCGAAAUCGAGAUCAUUGGCAUGGACGGUAUUCCAGCGGAAGACUUGAGGGAUCACGAGAAGCAAAAUGACUGUGACACAUCCGACUCGGAUGAUGAUGAGCCGGCAACAAAGAAGAAAGUUUAAUGUGAGAAGAAAAGAAAACACACAAGUACAAAAUAUAAGUGGAGAUCUUUCCUAAAAAU